UCUAAAAGUACUUUCUUUCCUCUCUUCUCCCCGCGAAGGCGCAAGGGGCAGCCAGUUGCCGACUUCGCGAUGCAGAUCCUCCGGAGGAAGCUUCUGGAAGCUUCCCGCCGCCUCCCUCUUUUCUCCGCUACGUCCGCCGCGCACCGCGGCCGUGCCCACGCCGUCGCCACCCUCGCCGCCGCCCGGCGGCACCCGCCCGCUGGCUCCGGCUCCCUCGCCGCCGCGCCGUGGGCCGCCACCCAGCGCCGCGGCGCUAAGAUGCUCGGCUCCGACGUGAAACUUGGAAAUGUAAUACAGAGAAGAGGUCACAUUUAUCAGGUGAUAAAAGCACAACAUUCACAUCAAGGAAGAGGAGGAGCCACAAUACAGGUAGAACUGAGGGAUGUUGACACUGGAAACAAAAUAACAGAAAGAUUCCGUACCGAUGAGGCCCUUGAGAGAGUUUUUGUUGAGGAGAAGUCGUUCACAUAUCUGUAUCAGGAAGGAGAUACCGUGACGCUUAUGGAGCCUGAAACGUUUGAGCAACUUGAAGUUUCAAAGGAACUGUUUGGUAAAGCCGCUGCAUACCUGAAAGAUGAAAUGAAGGUGGCUCUACAGUACUUUGAUGGCCGGCUGAUGUCUGCUUCGGUUCCUCCACGUGUGACUUGCACUGUUAUUGAAGCACAGCCUCAUACAAAAGGGCUAACUGCUCAGCCCCAAUAUAAAAGGGUCUUGCUGGAUAAUGGUCUUACAGUGCUUGCACCACCUUUUAUUGAAGUGGGUGAGAAGAUUGUAAUCAGUACAGCUGAUGAUUCAUAUAUGACGAGGUCCUGAGGGUGGAAUCGGGUGCACUUUACCUACUUGGAUAAAUAUUUGCUCCAGCAAUUGCCCCUGCAAUUGCUGUAAACUUCAACCUUGCCGCCAGCACAAAAAGGAUAACCAUAUUUAGCAAGAAUUUUGUUUUUAGCCGCAUAUUUUGUACUCAUAGGUGUUUUCAAUUUGUUCAUUAUUUUAAAUUUUUAUGAAACGCAUUCGUAUCAUGGUAAACCAUGGUGAUUUUGUGGGGACAAAGAUAGAGAAGCUAUUUUGGUAGACACCCUGAAAGUAUAUGUACUGUCCUUGUGUCGCUUACUGUUUUGCGGAAUAAUGGAUUUGCUCAAUGUCUGGAUUUCCAGGCAAAUAAAAACGAGGUUUGAUUAUGAAUUCCAUA